CAGCCGUGCGAUGCGCGGUCGGGGGAAUCGCUGUGUGCACCUCGUGUCGUUACUUUCCGAGCUUCGAGAGAACCCAGUUGCGAGGACGGCGGGUUUUGGGUUCCCCUCCUUCUUAUCCAACGCCAUCGUGCGGCACCUACGAAAAGUUUUUGUGGGUGGCGAGUGAACAGUGGAGUUGGAAGAAGAGGGAGGCGUGAAAGAAACCGCGAUGGGGAGGAUAUUCGUGGUGGAGCUGGAAGGGCGAUCUUACAGGUGCAGGUUCUGCAAGACCCACCUGGCCCUCGUCUCGGAUGUCUUCUCUAAGGCGUUUCAUAGUCGCCGAGGAAAAGCGUACCUCUUCAACAAGGCGGUGAAUGUCAAUGUGGGAACUCUAGAAGAGAGGAUGAUGCUUUCAGGACUGCACACUGUGGGCGAUUUAUACUGUUGCUGUUGUGGCCAAAUUGUUGGGUGGAAAUAUGAGGUGGCACAUGAAAAGAGCCAACAGUACAAAGAAGGAAAGUGUGUGCUUGAGAGGGUAUGUAUUGUUGAUGAACCUGAUUUCUGCUCCGAGUUCUACAUCGACACAUGCCCCACUGUCACUGUUAGUGACAGUGAAGAUGCAUAGACCGUUUUCCAUCUCUACAUUUAGUUGCAUCGGGGUUGAGGUCCUAAAAAAUAACGGAUACUUCUUUGGUAUAUGCUCAGUAUCAUAUAAGGGUACAUGUAUAUAUCCAUGUGAAGUUUGUGCUUCUUAUCAUCACUAGAGCAAUUAUAAACUUCCUUUUUGUGUUCAGAAAGCUUUAAUGUCAUAACUUUACGAGGAAAGCCUGAAUAUCAUGCGUUUGAUGAUGAUUUCUUGUUAGUGCAGAUU